CGGACCGGCAGGAACUUGCUUGUGAUUGGAUGUUGUGGGACGGCGGCUUCUCAUUGGUCAGCUUGUGGCCGUGGAGUUUGAAUUGGGUGGCGGUUGGUAGUAGAGCCGCUCUCUCUCACUGGCACAGGGAGGUUUUGCCUAGCCCUUGUCUCGGGACCGCAGGUACGUGCCUGGCAACUUCUUCGGGUGGUAUUCGUCUGCCUUUCUCGUGCCUACCCGGUUCCUUGCCUCCCUGCACCAUCUCCGCCGCUCCCCGCAGCCUCCGCCGAGCACCAUGGCUCCUAGGAAGGGCAGCAGUCGAGUGGCCAAAACCAACUCCUUACGGAAGCGGAAGCUCGCCUCCUUUCUGAAAGACUUCGACCGUGAAGUGGAAAUACGAAUCAAGCAGAUUGAGUCAGACAGGCAGAACCUCCUCAAGGAGGUGGAUAACUUGUACAACAUCGAGAUCCUGCGACUCCCCAAGGCGCUGCGCGAGAUGAACUGGCUCGACUACUUCGCCCUUGGAGGAAACAAGCAGGCCCUGGAAGAGGCAGCAACAGCUGACCUGGAUAUCACCGAAAUAAACAAACUGACAGCAGAAGCUAUUCAGACACCCCUGAAAUCGGCCAAAACACGAAAGGUAAUACAAGUAGAUGAAAUGAUAGUAGAAGAGGAAGAAGAAGAAGAAAAUAAACAUAAGAAUCUUCAAACUGCAAGAGUCAAAAGGUGUCCUCCAUCCAAGAAGAGAACUCAGUCCGUACAAGGAAAAGGCAAAAGGAAAAGGUCAAGCCGUGUUAACAUUGUUACCCCAGCCAUGGGCCGCUUGGAGGCAUCCGUGGUCAAACCAACUCCAGGCCUGACACCUAGGUUUGACUCGAGGGUCUUCAAGACCCCUGGCCUGCGCACUCCAGCAGCAGGAGAGCGGAUUUACAACAUCUCAGGGAAUGGCAGCCCUCUUGCCGACAGCAAAGAGAUCUUCCUCACUGUGCCAGUGGGCGGCGGAGAGAGCCUGCGAUUAUUGGCCAGUGACUUGCAGAGGCACAAUAUUGCUCAGCUGGAUCCAGAGGCCUUGGGAAACAUUAAGAAGCUCUCCAACCGUCUCGCCCAAAUCUGCAGCAGCAUACAGACCCGCAAAUGAGAAGCCAAAGUUGACAGGAUGGACUUUUAAUGGGCACCUCUGGGACCCUGAAGAGACUUCUUCCCUUCAGGCUUAUUGUUCGAGUGUGAAGUUCCAGAGCAAGGAGCCAUGUUGCUCUGGGGGAAUUCAGGAAUUCAGACAUGCUCUUCCCACACCAGUUAGGUAGAGCUGUGCUAUUCAGCCUCCCAUUCCAGCCGACCCCAGCCACUGCUUGCUGGCUCCAUGCCAUAGAAGCUUCCUAUCAGUCUCCCAGCUGAAUCCUCCCUGCUCUCUGAGCUGCUGCCUUCUGCCUCCUGUAACUCAGCAUCCUCUUCAACCUACCCUCCCUGCAAUUGAGAGGGCACAGAAGAACCCUGUGUUCUCGGGAAGACUGCCUUCACCACCCCUACCCAGAGAACCUCUGCGUCUGGCAUCUCUGCUCUCUAUGCUUGAGACUCGGAGGUUUAGGCUCAGGUAAAUGAGCUCUGGGCCAUGAGAGGGCAGAUCCCAUGAGUGGGCGGAACUGUACAGAUCAGCAGAACAGGACAGUUGGCAGCAGUGACCUCAGCAGGGAACAUGCCCAUCUCCCCUCCUGCACUCAUCACACCUCCCCCUCCCAGCCUUCCUCCUCCUCCUCCUAUGAGAGGUGCUAAAUGGGACUUUGGGAUCUUUCACCUGCUGUGCCCAGUAGUUCUUUUAAAACCCGUUUGUGGAACAGUGUUUUGUGUUUAUCCCUGUUUACUGGAGACCAAAUACUGGUUUGGAGACAGCUUCCAUGUCUUGCUCUUCUACCUCCCUAGUUAGUGGGAAUUGGGAUAAGGGAAUUGUAGGGCUUAGAUUCUGGGGGUUUUAUGUGAUUGUCCAUAGAAUAACUGUCUCUAAGCUGUCCCUGGUCCAGUGGUCAGCUUAGAGACAGUUAUUCUAUGGACAAUCACUUCAGAGAGCACUUCUCUGUUACGGAGCUCAUGGGGGCAGGGGAGGGUGACUUGCUUGGUGGUCUCAUUCCAUCUGUGCCUGUGCCUGGGGCAUGGGCUUUGUUAAAUGGAGUCAGCAGUGAGGUCCUCAUGCUCCAGCCAGCCUCUCUGUCCCGGAGAAUCAUGCACUGUGUUCUAAGAAUUUGAGAACUAGAGUCCUCACCCCCAGGCCUAAGGACACGUGGCUUUCUCAUGUAGGGCUCUUUGUGGUAGUUACUAUUUUGCAACAAGACCAUUUUGGUAAAAAAGUCCUGUUCAAGUUGUAUUCUUUUAAGUUCUUUUAUUCUCCUUUCCCUGAGAUUUUUGUAUGUAUAGUUAUUCUGAGUAAUGGUAUCUCUAAGCUGAUUGUUCUAGUCAGAGCUGGUACCUGCUUUCAAUAAAUUCUGGUUUUGUGUUUUCUUUUGUAA